CAAAAGUAAAAUCAUUCAACCUUGAGGGAGGCGAAAUAUCUGCUAGUAUCGAAAUCGAUAAUGCUCAUGCAGCCAGCCCUACCAGAUUAUUAAUAUCGCGAUUAGUCUUGGCGUAUGGUCCGUGCGCAUGUUUUACAGAUCUCUCGGUCGCGUUCUUUUUGAACUGCAAUACAGGUUGUGGCACAACCCAGCGCUACCAACUGGCGCUUUGCUCGCCUCACUAAUACCGCAGCUGUAUUGCUUGUCAACUCUGCAACAAUGGAGUCAAGUACGCCAAAGACCAUGUCGAGCCGGCUCAUGACAAUGAAGGUAAAGUUAUCUGGUCUUGAAAAGCGCACCACGGUAUCUCUUUACUGACUAUGGAUCAGUUCAUGCAGCGUUCGGCCGCCAAAUCUGCCACAUCCUCGCCUUCAACGCCGAGCGGCCCUCCGCCCUCAAAGAAAGUUCGCCUCUCGAAUGGUGCGUCUGCGCCAGGUACGCCCGGCACGCCAUUGGACCACGAAGUCAUACAGAGCGCGCUCGCGGCGGAGGAGAGGAAGAGAGAGGAGGCGCUGUCGAGGGCGGCGGAGAAGAGUGGAGAGACGAAGUGGGUGUUGAGUUUUAAGGAGCCCCAAGAUGGAGCUAGGACGCGGGGAAUGCAGGUCAGGCAAGCGGGGUUCGCGGUUAUUGAUGCGGACGAUGAGGCGAGCGAAGAGGGGGAAGAGGAAGAAGAGGAGGGGGACAAGGUGGGGAAGAGGGUGUUUGGGGGUGGAGUGCCUAAGAAGGUCGCCCUUGCGGUCAAAGAAGAGGGGUCGGAGAGUGAAUCGAGUUCCGACGACGACUCCGACGACGACUUCGACUCGGAUGAUCCUACCGCGGAGUUGAUACGCGAGACGAAGCGCGAGAAGAAGCGUGAGGCUCGAAUGGCGCAUACGAAAACUGAGCGGGAGACACCGCAGCGGUUCAAAGUUGAGCCGCUGGACGAGGACAUGUAUCUGGGUGGUCUACAGUCCCUAUCCGGAGAACGGAGGCCGCCUUCGAGCAACCUGGCCAACAUCGAGUGUCACAGAUGUAAGCAGAAGGGGCAUUUCAUCAAGGAUUGUCCGCAGCAGCAGCGAGGUACGCCAAGGGGCUCCGCUGGACGCGGAAGACCUCGGGGAGGGAGGGGGUGGGGUAGGGGACGGUGAUGAGGUGAGGACAGAGACAUGCUAUGAAUUGCUGGAGAGCAGAGGUAUACAAUAGAAGAUACCCAUCCGAGGGGAGAGGUCAUUCGGCACCCUGCACCAGGGACUCAGCCCACCUUCUCCCCGUUCUCGAUCAACAUGAAUUCGUCUCCGACCAUCAUUUUCAUCUGGGAGUCGUCCAUGAAGUUCUCGUGGUCGCUGUUUAGCGCUGCGCCCUCCUUGUCGUAAAGGAACUUGGCUAAAGCCAGGUAGUCGGGAAACACAAAGGUGCAAAUGGCGUCAUAUUGUAGCAAUUUCGCGUUGUUGUGCAUGAUAUCCUGGAUGAGUCUGCGGUCGCGGCCCAAGUGGUACGUCUGCGGUCCCAAC